AUGCGGGUGGUGGUGGAGGACGCCACGAGCUCGGCGACCGUGGUGCUGCGGGUGCAGCCGCACACCACCAUUGCAGCGCUGAAGCAGCAGGUGUUCGAGGAGUUCGGCUUCCACCCGCUGGUGCAGCGCUGGAUCAUCGGGCAGUGCCUGUGCGCCGACGAGCGCAGCGUGGCCUCGUACGGCGUGCGGCGGCACGGCGACACCGCCUUCCUCUACCUGCUGCUGGCCCGGACGGUGCAGCUCUCGGAGCAGCGCUGCAGGGAGGAGCGGGCGCGCAGCCUGGCGCGCUGCAGCGACGGUGGUGGCRAUCGCAAGGCCAGCACGCUGCCCAGCGUGCGAGCGGGCAGCAGCAGGCGGCAGGACGCAGGUGACAUCAACCACCAGCUGGACACGCUGCAGCUCAGCGACCCCUUCGGGGACGACCUGCGGGUGCAGGCGGGCUGGUCGUGCCCCAAAUGCACCUUCAUCAACAAGCCCACGCGGCCGGGCUGCGAGAUGUGCAGCGCCGACCGGCCCGCCGACUACGUGGUGCCCGACAGCUACACGCCCGACGCGGCGGAGCUGCGGCGCAUGCAGCAGGAGCAGGAGGCYGUGCUGCAGUACCAGCAGGCCAUCCACGAGGGCAAGAGCUGCCAGCAGCACCAGGAGGAGCUGCAGGCGCGGGCGCGCAAUGAUGCGGCCAUGCAGCAGACCAGCGACAUGCUGCAGGCGCUGCUGCAGCUCGGCGAGGCCAUGCGCUGCCCCACGUGCUGCAUCGUGGUGCAGAAGAAGGACGGCUGCGACUGGGUGCGCUGCAGCGUGUGCCAGACCGAGAUCUGCUGGGUGACCAAGGGGCCGCGCUGGGGGCCCGGGGGCCCCGGUGACACCAGCGGCGGCUGCCGCUGCAACGUGGACGGGCGGCGCUGCCACCCGCAGUGCCAGAACUGCCACUGAGCACCCGGGCUGCAGCGGCUG